GAACCAUCUAAUCUCUCCUCUUUACAACGUACCUUAACUAUUUAACUUCCAAGUUCCAACAUAACAGUAAAACGCAAAUGAAGAAAAUAGUGUUGAAGGUGGACUUUCACGAUGAAAGAAUCAAGCAAAAGGCCAUGAAAACGACCUCAGGCAUUUCAGGGGUUGAGUCAGUGAAUGUAGACAUGAAGGACAAGAAAUUAACUGUCAUUGGAGACAUCGACCCAGUUAAUGUUGUGAGAAAGCUAAGGAAGUUGUGUCGUACAGAGAUAGUGUCAGUGGGAGCAGCCAAAGAGUCUGAGAAGAAAACAGAAGAAAAGAUAGAGAAUAUAGCUAAAGCCGCAAUGGUGCCAGCCCCUCUGAGUUACAGCCAUGUUUACUAUCCACCACCCUAUUCUGUUGGAACUGUGGAAGAGUAUCCUAGUGGCUGUGUCAUCUGCUAAAUUAAUGGAAAUGUGGCGUAGUUUUUUAUUUUUUUUCUUUUCCGUUCUCUCUCUCUCUCUGUGUUUUUUUUUUUUUUAAAAUUUUGCCUCCUCAUUGUUUUGGAUUGAAAGUGGUGUGCUCGAAGGGGGUUUGUUGUACAAAUGCAAUCCAGAAUUGUACUGAACACGCGUGUGGCAAAGAGCAUGUUUCUCACAAGGAUUAGACAUCCAAAACUUUGGUUAACAUUGACACCCUAAAAACUUGUAUCGGUAACCAUUGGCCGACACGUGUUAAGAGUGCUCCGAACCAAAUUCGUCUUUAGAGUUCAAAAUCUAGCAUUGGCACAAACUAGGUCAUUAUGAAUUUAAGUAUCACAAGGGAUCCUUUGUCUUUUGAGCUCUAAAACUUGAGCGCACCAUGCUAGUACUCGCGUCUUUGAGCAUCCAAAGGUUAUUCUAUAAUUCUAAAAUUUCUGUGGGAACACUUUGUCUCGCUGGUGAGUUUGAGACACAUCACUCAAAGAACAAUCUAUGACAUUUACUGAAACACUGGUGAGUAGGGCUUGACCAA